UUACUUGGCAUUGUUUUGGUUAGACACGGGCAAGGUUUUUUGUCAACUCACGAAUCAUGGAGAACUAACUGGCUAGUCGGAGCGGAAUAUCUGGACAGGUCUGCCUGUAACCACUAAUUCUUUCAGAAAUGGAUGACGAUGUUACAAUUGAGGACGAGGGUGGACCAGAAAUACAGACUAUUCACCCUGAAAAUCAGGAUUUAAGUUUCCUGCAACAAACUCUUGGCCCAGUGUUGGCAGAAUAUGGAUGGUAUCUGCUGUUUAUGUUUGUGGGGGUCUACUUGCUGGUCCAGCACCUAAGCAAGAGGAAAGCUAGCCAGGGACCGAGUAACUCGGCUUCUGGGGUGGUACAAGAUCCAGAUGAAGUGGUGAAGAGACAACAGGCACUGGAGGCAUCCAGGAGAAGAAUGCAGGAGGAACUGGAUGCCAAGGCAGCCCUAUUCAAGGUGAAACAGCAACAGCUGGAGGAGGAGAAGAGACAACAGAAAAUUGAGAUGUGGGAGAGCAUGAAAGAGGGGAAGAGUUACAAAGGAAAGUCAAAGAUAGCUCAGAACUCUGAAGAGGCAUCAACAUCAACUACAGUGUUGAAACCAAAAACAGAUAAGAAGCCCCUACGGAGCAGUGGCUUUAAUCCCCUGAGCGGUGAGGGAGGCGGAUCGUGUACAUGGAGACCAGGAAGAAGAGGGCCGUCAGCUGGAGGUGGAUGAGGUUAAAUAAGGUCAAGAGCUACAGGCUCAGGGUAGAUGCCACCCCUUCACCAUAGGUCUGCGAUCAGAUUACCUAACCUAUUAGAAGGGUGAAGAAAAUAUCUGACCCUGCAUCAGUGGUGAUGGUGGACUGUCCCAGCUUCUAGAAAGAAAUUGUAUGUUGUCAGAUUCACCUUUAUUUGUUAAGUACAUUCACACAUUUUACUUGAUGUAAAAUGACCGACUCUGUAUCUCUCUAGUUGUGUGGCAUUAACACACCAUGCUAAUCAUGAUGCUAGAUUGAGAUACUGUUGGUACAUCGUAUGAUGUCAGUCUAGAAGAUGGGCUGGUGGUGCCUACUCUGAGGUGACCUGUGAACUCUGACCUUUGACCCCUAACCUGUCAGAAGUACACUCCCAGUGACCUACUGAAGGAAGCUGCCAGCAACCUCAAAGCCCUCUCAAUCAUCAGGAUACAUCAGUCUGUUGUUUUCAUCCAUUACAGUUGGGUAAUUUUCUCUACUGUAUAUUUCACAUUUGUUUUCCUUAAUAGUCUUAGCAUUGUUCAAAGUCCAUUGUGUUAAUACUUGAAAACAAUUUUUUGUUUUACUGCUUUUGCGCCACUUAAUUGUAAACCAAUGUAAAAAAAAAUAUUUUGACUGAUUUUGACUUAAAGGACACUUGAGAAGGCUUUCUGAGUAUGACAGUUUCUAAUGACGCUAUUCCCAUAAAUGGCACUUGUGCCAGUGGGUUUUGCUGAUUACUUUCAGAGUCACAGUGUAUGUUAUUUAAUUUUUUUUCUAGUUUACUUUCUCCUGUAAUAAACAUAAAAAAUUCUGCUGCCUGCCAAGGCUUCAUGUUGCAAUAGUUGAUGCUAGACAAGUGGCUUUAGUGCCACUGUGCCCCAUAGCAGUCUUUAUACUGUGUAUUGUAACAUAAAUCAGAUGUAACUUUAGCCAUCGCUAUUAGUAAUGGAGAAUCAAUGCUUAUCAAGCAAUUCAAGUUACUGAAAUUCUGACUGCCUCUUUUUUCCAUUAUUGGGAUAAAGAAACUGUGAUGCACAUUUUUCGAAAUAAAUAUGUUAAAUAAAUUGUC